CACACAGACAAGCAGCAGACCAGACUACGUGAAGCUGCAUGGACUUUCUGUGUGUUUCUAACAUUAUGUGUGCGUUCUUGAGGAAAUACCACACACAUGUACAUGUACUCCUGUGUGAUAAUGGUACCAACUUUGUUGGAGGAGAACGGGAGUUACGGGAGGCCUUUGAUGCUAUGGCACCUGAGCUGCAAGAUCAGCUAGCGAAACAGAAGAUCUCCUUCCAGUUCAACCCCCCAAGUGCUCCACAUUUCGUCGGGGCCUGGGAGCGGGAGUUUGGAUCAGUGAAAACAGCGCUUAGGGUCAUCCUCCGGGAUCAGUCAGUGCCAGAGCCGGUCCUGCACACCGUUCUUGUUGAAGUCGAGGGGAUUUUAAACGCUAAACCACUCGGAUAUGUCUCAGCUGAUGCCGCUGACCCUGACCCAAUUACGCCGCAUGUUUUACUUAUGGGACGUCGUGAUUCCUCACUGCCACAGGCCUUGUAUGACUCCAGCAGUAUUUUGGGGACACGACGAUGGAGGCAUAGUCAGGUGCUAGCAGACAACUUCUGGUCAACCUUCAUCCGACGGUACCUACCAAGCCUACAAGGAAGAGCUAAAUGGCAGACAGAUGGAGGCCAACUUGCUGUGGACCAGGUCGUUCUGAUAAUUGAUCCACAACUCCCACGAGCUCUCUGGCCAGUGGGAAAAGUGGUCAGGAUCUACCCUGGACCAGAUGGAAACAUCAGAACAGCCACUGUCAAGGUUAAGGACAAGACCUACGUCCGGCCUGUCGCCCGACUCAUCCAGCUACCCGAGAUCAGUGACUCUGAGGAUAACGCCAACUGAUGGACUUUCUCUGGGAGUUCAAAUGUCCUCAAGACAGACUUUUGGGGGCGGCUGUGUGAGAAAGCCCUAAAGGUAAAGCACCAUCUACUGGUCAAAGGCAGUAGCACGGUCUGAACACGUCAGGACAUGCCCAGUCACACAGACAAGCAGCAGACCAGACUGCGUGAAGCUGCAUGGACUUUCUGUGUGUUUCUAACAUUAUGUGUGCGUUCUUGAGGAAAUGUAAGUUUGUUCUGCUUACUAGUUGUGGAUAUUUGAUUAUUAUUCCUGUUUGUGUUGCAUGGAACAUAUUUGUUGAGCUUGAGUAGAUAAAUCGCUUGUGUCUCAGUAGCAGUUUUGCUCUUGCUUGCAUCGAUAUUGCAACUGAGUUUAUUGUGUUUGUGACCAUGCUUUAGUAAAAGACGUUUACAUGUUCAAUUAUUCACCGAUAAUACAUUUCUGUUGUUAUGCUAUUCUUAAGCAGCAAUUUGCAGCUGUUAAGAAUCGUUUAUUGAUGUAAGUACAGAAUAAUAUUCUGAGCAUUUUGUGACAUGUUAUUGUUUUUCUCUGAUUUCAGACCACACACAUGUACACACAUGUAUAUACACAAACUAAAUACACACUACAUGUUGCUGUUCAACAAUCUUCAAUAAAAGAAG